UCGCCGUUUGUUUAUUCUUCUCAACGAAGGAAAAGAAAAGAAAACUCUUUUCCAAGUCAUGGCGGAUCGCUCCGGAUCACAGUCCUCCGUCGUCAUUACCAUGAAGGUGACCACUACUCCGGCGGCACAUUUAGCUUUCACCAACUUGGCUUACUGCUCACUCUCUGAUCUCUGUCAAUUCGCCGUUCCCGGCACCGAUCUCUUCCUCGCCAACGUCGCUGACAAUAUCCAUGAUGGAACCAUUGCUCUAAAUGCUGUUCAACGAAGACAUGCUAGAGUUUCUGCUGAUGACAUGGUAACCAUCAGCAGAUUCAUUCCUCCUGAAAAUUUUGACCUGACUUUGCUGGCACUUGAGUUAGAAUUUGUAAAGAAGGGCACUAAAAACGAACAGGUUGAUGCUGUGCUCCUUUCAACCCAACUCAAGAGGAAAUUCAUUAAUCAGGUCUUGACAGUAGGCCAGAGAGUUACAUUUGAGUAUCAUGGAACUAACUACAUUUUUACGGUCAAUCGAGCGGUUACAGAGGGGCAAGACCAGUUUAAUGGUAUAGAAAGAGGGAUAAUCUCCAACGAUACAUAUUUUGUGUUUGAAGCAUCAAAUGCAACUGGGAUAAAGAUUAUCAACCAACGAGAGGCUGCUACUAGCAAAAUAUUUAAAGAAAAGGAGUUUAACCUUCAGUCCCUGGGUAUUGGUGGCUUAAAUGCAGAGUUUGUUGAUAUAUUCCGAAGAGCAUUUGCUUCUCGUAUAUUUCCUCCUCAUGUCAGGAACAGAUUGGGGGCAAAGCACGUUAAAGGGAUGCUUCUUUUCGGACCUCCUGGUACUGGCAAGACCUUGAUGGCACGUCAAAUUGGAAAAAUGCUCAAUGGAAAGGAGCCAAAGAUCGUGAAUGGUCCUGAGGUGCUAAGUAAGUUUGUCGGUGAGACAGAAAAGAAUGUAAGAGACCUGUUUGCUGAUGCUGAGAACGACCAGAAAAACCUUGGUGAUGACAGUGAGCUGCAUGUCAUUAUUUUCGAUGAAAUCGAUGCUAUUUGUAAGUCAAGAGGAUCAAGCAGGGAUGGCACAGGUGUCCAUGACAGUAUUGUAAACCAGCUCCUGACAAAGAUUGAUGGUGUGGAGGCCUUGAACAAUGUUUUACUUAUUGGAAUGACAAACAGGAAGGAUAUGCUUGAUGAAGCUCUUCUAAGGCCUGGAAGGUUAGAGGUUCAUAUUGAGAUUGGGCUUCCCGAUGAUGCUGGACGUUUAGAAAUUCUUCAGAUUCAUACGAAAAUGAUGAAGGAAAAUUCAUUCCUUUCUCCUGAUGUCAAUCUCCAAGAGCUUGCUGCUCAGACGAAGAACUACAGUGGUGCUGAGCUUGAAGGUGUUGUGAAAAGUGCUACAUCAUAUGCUUUGAACAGACAUCUGAGCAUGGAGGAUCUUACAAAACCAGUGGAUGAAGAGAAUAUCAAAGUUACAAUGGAGGAUUUUCUUCAAGCAUUACGUGAAGUAAAGCCUGCAUUUGGAGCCUCUUCAAAAGACCUUCAAAACUGCAGACCCAAGGGAUUUGUGGACUGUGGUGAUCGGCAAAAUCUCAUCUAUGAAAGAGUCAUGUUUCUUGUUGACCAAGUUGUCAACGAAAGAAGUCCUCCAGUCACUUGCCUUCUUGAGGGACCUAGUGGAAGUGGGAAAACUGCGUUAGCCGCGACCGUUGGCAUGGACAGUAACUUCCCAUAUGUUAAAAUAGUCUCUGCAGAGACAAUGGCUGGUCUUCAGGAGAGCACAAAGUCUGCUCACAUUGCCAAGGUCUUUGAGGAUGCAUACAAAUCACCAUUGAGCAUUGUUAUCCUUGACAAUAUUGAAAGGUUGUUGGAAUACUCAGAAAUUGGACCACGAUUUUCAAACACGAUUUUUCAAACAUUGUUAAUCUUUCUCAGUCAGCUUCCCCCGGAGGGGAGCAAACUUCUUGUACUUGGUACAACAAGUGAAUUAACGUUCUUAAAUGCCGUUGGUUUGCGUAAAGCUUUCUCUGUGACAUACUCUGUUCCAUUACUAAGGACAGAAGAUGCUAAGAAGGUGCUGAAGCAACUAAACGUGUUCUCAGAGGAUGAUAUCGAAGAAGCUUCCAAAGCCCUUAAUGAUAUUCCAAUCAAGCAGCUGUACUUUCUUAUCGAAAUGGCAGCCCAAAGAGAUGGCAGGUCUAAAGAGACUAUCUAUACAAGGAAGGAGAAACUCAACAUCACUCAUUUCUUUGAUUGCCUUGAAGAAGUUACCGGAUAUUAGCAUCUGAUUUUACAGUUGCACAAAACAGUAAUUAAUUUAAGACUCGAAGACUCAUAUUGCAAGAGCCUUGAGAUGGCAUUGCCGAGAUUGGUUUGAUUCUUAUUGGAUUAUUAAACUCUAUUUAACUAA